GGCGGAGCCUCCCGUGGCCUCGGACGCUCCUCCUAGCUGGCCGCCGCCGCCCGCCUCCGCCUGCGCCUCGAGCUCCCUUGCAGCGGCCCGGCCCGGCCGCCGCUUCCGGCCGCUCACCUGGGACGCGCUCACCUGGGACGCGCUCACCUGGGACGCGCUCACCUGGGACGCGCUCACCUGGGACGCGCUGCCGGCCCCCGAGCGCCUGGGCGCCAGGAUGAAGGACCGACUGGAGCAGCUGAAGGCCAAGCAGCUCACACAGGAUGAUGACACGGAUGAGGUCGAGAUCGCCAUCGACAACACGGCUUUUAUGGACGAGUUCUUCUCUGAGAUUGAGGAAACUCGGCUCAACAUUGACAAGAUCUCAGAGCAUGUGGAGGAGGCUAAGAAACUCUACAGUAUCAUUCUGUCUGCACCAAUUCCAGAGCCCAAAACCAAGGAUGACCUGGAGCAGCUCACAACCGAGAUCAAGAAAAGGGCCAAUAACGUCCGGAACAAACUGAAAAGCAUGGAGAAGCAUAUUGAAGAAGAUGAGGUCCGGUCGUCAGCAGACCUUCGGAUUCGGAAAUCCCAGCACUCUGUCCUCUCCCGGAAGUUUGUGGAGGUGAUGACCAAAUACAAUGAAGCUCAGGUGGACUUCCGUGAACGCAGCAAAGGGCGAAUCCAGCGGCAGCUCGAAAUUACCGGCAAAAAGACAACAGAUGAGGAGCUGGAGGAGAUGUUAGAGAGCGGCAACCCUGCCAUCUUCACCUCUGGGAUCAUUGACUCCCAGAUUUCCAAGCAAGCCCUUAGUGAGAUCGAGGGACGGCACAAGGACAUCGUAAGGCUGGAAAGCAGCAUCAAGGAGCUUCAUGACAUGUUUAUGGACAUCGCCAUGCUGGUGGAGAAUCAGGGUGAGAUGUUAGAUAACAUAGAGUUGAAUGUCAUGCACACAGUGGACCACGUGGAGAAGGCACGAGAUGAAACUAAAAAAGCUGUGAAAUACAAGAGUCAGGCCCGGAAGAACCUGAAUUCACUCCAGCCUGGUGUGGCUACCCUUGUCUUCAGAUGGGAAUGGAGUUUGAAUGGCAUUCCUGAGAGCGAGUUGGACCCGUUCCUUUGUUUCCUUGUAACUAUCCUUGGACCUGACUCAGCAAGCAAUCUAGCCCUGGAGGAACCUAAUCCACCUAGUGCAACCUUGAGUUCUCCUCAGAACCUUCUCCUGCCUCACCAACUCUGAAGUUCCUCCCUCCUGGACCGCGUGAACCAACCCAGCUUCUCUCUCUCCUCCUGUGCUGUGUCAGAUUGUGCCUUGCACCUUGGAAAGCCCAUCUGAGACCCUCUCAAGGUGCUAUGUUUUCUACCUCAUAGAGUUUUUUUCUCCCAGAAAUUGCAAUGUAUUUUUUUAGGGGAGUAUCUUUAACCAAGUAGAGGGACUCUUCUAAAUUUGGCAACAAUAAGGCUUGGAGCUGAGUCUUCUACCUGGUAGGAUGCAAAUACUCAGCUUGUUGUCCCUGUGUCCUAAAAACAUGAGGGGGUGGCAGAUGUCAUUUUGGUCUGAAAAGCUGACUUGUUUGAAAUUCAAUCUUAAAUUAAGCUCUUAAUAUGUUCAGCUUGGGGGCCAACUUUGGUUUUUCUCUAUGUUGUAUUCUCUCUUGUUUACUCAAGGAGGGGCCAGGAUGAUACAGUCAUCUGAAGUUACCAUUUGCAAAGACUACAGGUAUGGACUAUUUGUUUCCAUGCCUGAAUCUUGGAAACUGGCUAUUCACUGCUAGAGAGUGAUACUUUGUGAAGCCAGUGCCUUGAGGCCAAAAAUUACCUGGGAUUUUAAAUUGGGUCAGGGAUAAGGUGCUGGAGUCUCAGGCUCUGGAAAUGUUUCAUAGGACUGGUGUGAGUAUUCAGUCACUCAUGUGUUCCAGAUGUAUUUUUAUAAUCAUGUGUGAGAUGUAUGUACAUAUAUGCAUGUGUCUCUCAUGAAGUAGGAAGUAAAAGUGGAAGACAUCAUUAGGACCUCAAAAAAAAAAAAAUGAUUUUGAGCUAAGCUAAAAAUUAGGUAUGGGACAUUUGCUUACCUGCAGAUGAAUCAUUGUAGAAAUGUGAUCUUCCCAUAUUAUCAAGAAACUUGUUUUCUGGAUGAGCACUGGGAGAAUCAAAUGAGCUCUUUGGAGGACUAAAUUGAUCCCCAUUAAGUUUUAGCACACAGAAGGUAUAAUGUUUUGACACCUCUCCCCACCUGUUGCCUACACUAGGCUUGUUCUGGCAACAUCCCACAGCAACUUGAUAUUAUUUAUGUGACCUAUGGGAUGUUCCGUCUUCAGGACUGAGUCAGUUGGGGAACACCAGAGACUACAGAAUAUCUCUUCCUGCUGCUGGGUUAAUGAGCUUGGCAGGUUCUUUGUCUCCCUCGAUUCUUACCGUGGAGGAAGCAACGGCCAGGAAAUAUUCGAGUGACUGUGACUGUGCUAACCCAGUGGUAGCCCGAGAUUCCCUGCUGGUCUCGGCCAGUCUCCCUGGUUUUGGGUACCAGGUAUAGCUCAGCUUUGACGUCAGUGCUUCUAGGAUAGGGUGAGCACCCUAAUCCAGGCUCUGUCCAUUAGCUUCCUUUGCACAGGCUACUCACUAGCAGUCAGCAUCCGGCACUCAGACAGAGCCAGGGAACGUCCUCUUGUCCAUGGCUAUGAUGUCGGUCGGUCGGUCAGUGGACUGGCUCCAGCAACAGGGGAAACAAACUAAUCACAGGCCUUUGCUCUCCUCUGAGAUUGAGGCCUGGGGCUUAUAGUUUGGAAUACAACAUGUGAAGGUUUUGUUGUUGUUUGUAUUUUUUUAAAAAUGUAAACUUGAUUAUUUUAUUGCUAAUUUAAAAAUAAAUGACUUAUAUAUUGAUUGUGAAACAGUUCUGGCUUUAUCUCUAUACAAAACACUUAGUGAUUUGGUGCCACCAUGUGGUCAUUUUUGUUCAGGUGUUAGAAUGGGGUUAAAAUCUUUUUAAACCAUGUGCUGGACCCGAUUAAGUGGUUCAAAAGUUCAAAUAUUUGAAAAUGGUUUAACUGCCAAAGAAUUAAGUGUAACUAUUUGAGCUGCAGACUUGAGAUGCUCCCCCCAGAAGAAUCUGGUUCACUCACUGCAAGUAUCUGGCUCUAGGAGGAAAGGAGGGAGGUCUGUUGUGACAUUAUCUAGACAGCAGAAUGGCUCGCUCAGCAUUCCCUGAGAUUCCUGUCCCUCUGAUUUCUGAAUCUCUCACCUGGAAGUAACAAUUCUGUGAACAUUCUGAGUUCUAGAAGCCAGAUCCAUCUCCUUUUUCCUCCUGGUGCUCCCUUUUCCUUCAUACCCUCUUCCACACCCAUGUGCACCCCGUCUCCCUUCCUGUGGAAUUCGGCUCAGUCAUGUUUCUCACGUGUUCUUUCUUUCCUUGUCUGGAUGAGCAGAAGAAGAUCAUGAUCAUGAUCUGCUGUGUUAUCCUUGCAAUCAUCUUAGCUUCUACCAUUGGGGGCAUAUUUGCCUGAAAAAGGUGAGCCAUCUGCAGGGAGGGGCAGGCCUGCUUUCACAUACUGGAACCUCUUGUGUCCUGCGGGCAUUCAUUGUUUGAUGCCCUACUCUGGGUGGGAUUAGGUGCUGGAAUCAAAGUUAGAGAAAAUUAAGGAAAGGGAUGUUUCAGAGAUAGAAAAAUGAGUUGGUAGCAGGUUGUUGGGGGCAGGAGUCGGGGAGAAAGAAGGCGGCAAUCUAUCCUGUAACCUGGACAGGUAGCUUUGUGCAGAAUGCUUUAUACAGGCCAAGGAUGUUGAUUCCUGGUAAACAAUUUUAGCCUUGGUAUCUGGGAAUGGCAAAAGGAGCAAGAAUGAGCGUUUGCAUUAGAUGCACCCUGAACUUUUUGGAAGAGAGCCACGUGGCAAACCUAAAUUAAAUGAAUUUCUUCCCCUUCCAAGAUUACAAAUUAACACAGUCUUGUGUGUAGACCCUUACCCCUGCGCAGAGUGAUCCUGGCCCCAACACCACGCUAUAUAAUCUGUGAUUUUUUCCCCCUCCAUUCUUCUGUUACCUCUUUAGCUCUCACGGACGGACCCGCUACUGGCAUUUCUAAUCCUCCUUCCACCUCUGUGGCGCCAUCACUUCUCCACACAGACUCUUCAUCAGCUCCUCUUUCCAUUAUGAAACUUCUUAUGACACAGGGAACCAAUCAACUACUUAUUACAAGUUAUAUAAAGGAAGAACUUAUGAAAAUCCAGAAUUGGGUGGGGGCAGGGGUGCAGGAAUAGGGAGUACAGUGAUAUAUAGCUGGUUAGAGAGAUGGUUUAAAGGACGGAACUGCAGGAUAGAGAAGAAAGCAUAAUGGGCACCUAUUUAGGAAGUGAAAUUUAGAGCCUGCACCUGCAGUAUGGCUGUGAUGAGGCAGAUAUUGUAGCACAUCUAAUUCAAUAGGCUCUUAUUUGAACUGCUGUGAGUUGGUCAAGAAUGUCAGGGCACUUGGCACUUCUGCUCUUCAGGCUCCUCUAGGUCUCACCUUUGACCACUCCACAUCUACUUCCUCCUUCAGGGUCCAGUAGUAGUCUUAAAAGUGAAGGUUAUCUAAGGAUAGGCACAUGCCUGUCUUGCUCCCUGCUGUGUCCCCACUAUUUAGCACAAUGCCUGCCACUUACAAGUGUUCAAAUAUCUUUUGACUUACUUAUAAUGAGGCUCUGAUUUCAUUCAUGGACUAGUCAUUGGGUUUGACCCCUAAACUCUUUAAGGCAUCAGUAGGAACAUGGUUUGUUACUGAGAGGCUGCGUAAAGCUGCUUGGGAAUGGGCUGAUGCACUUCUGCAAAAAUGCUACAUCAGGCCCCCGUUACCACAACAUACACUUUAAAGUGCUUUUUCUAUGGGUGGUUCUGUUUUACCAACAGCCUCUCACUCUGGAGACGGCUGCUCCCAGGAUUGUGGUUCGGUAACUAUAUACAGACCCCAAAAGAGGUUUAUGCUAUAAUUGAACUCCUAGUCAGUAGAAUGCUGUGAACCCUAACAAAGGACUGAUGAAGACAUUAGGUGAGAACGGUGGAGCAAGGCUAUCGCUUACUUCACUGCUCCCCUGAUUUGUGCUGCUCGCUCAAACAGCUGGCCAGCAAUGUUUGUGUGGGAAACCGUUAUAAACACUGUCCCCACUUCAAGGUUCAGUUGUGUUCAGCUUUAAAACUAUGUGGAUGAGUUCUAAUGUAAGUAAUUUAUUUAGUGAUUAAUAAGUUCACUAAAAACACAUUAAAAAUCAUAGUAUACAACUUUUGGGGACCACACAACUGUUAAGUUUGUACUUUUGAAAGUAAACCAAGUUCUUAUUUCUUUGCUGGAUAUCUUAUUAAGAAAGUGGGAUAAAAAAUGACAUUUUGGUCAGUAUGCUGUUUUCUGCCCACUUUCAGAAUCAGAUGGUUUAAUAUUUGUAUCAAUUUGUUUCUUUUCCUUUAUGCCUUUGAAUAGGGCAUAAAAGACUACAGCUCCGAAAAACAGAUUAAUAUCAUUAAAGGCAAUCAGGGAGCUGAAGCCAUGGGGAUUUGAGUGACAGAGCCCUCAUUCAUGCGGCAGUAGGGAUCUGUGUGCUGCGUGGCACACGGCACUGUACUAGAUUAUGCAGGGACACAAAGGUAGAGCCACUCUCCCGUCUUCAGGGAAUUUCAGACCUAGAAAGGGCCACCAAGUUUUAUCAGUUCCUUCUGCUAAAAGGCAAAGGCAUAUUCCUUGCCAUACUGUCCAACAGCCCCCUUCCAGGGUGGAGAGAAGACAGGUAGCUGUGCAUUAAUAAAUACCUGUUGAAU